UUCGAGAGUCCCGAGAAGAGCCCAAAUGUCUGAGACUGAGACUGAGUCCGAGUCUGAGCUUCACACAGAGAAUCAAACUCCCUUUAGGUUCUCGUCCCCUUCAUUAUCUCCUUUUUCUCUAUUCGACCUUCGAUCUUUUCCUUCUUCCACCUCAAUUUAGCUCAAGCCUCUCUAUAAUGCGCCUUAAAACACUCAAUUAAAACUCUUCUUCCUUUCUUCUCUUUCAAAUUUUAAACGGCCAUGGAGCUUAACGGUAACGGCUCCCACUCCAAGCUUGAGGAGAGCCGUUCGAAGCCGUUUGACAUCGAUCUUAACGAGACUCCUCUCUCUUCUCCUCGCGAAACUGUCGUCACAGGUGCACCAGCUGACGUCACUCCUGAACCCCACCACUCCGGCCAGGGGAUUCGCGCUGCCGGUGCUGCUGUUGGACUUCUGGACAUCAAUGCCUUGCCGCCUGUUGAAGAAGAAACUUGUGAAUUCCACAACUCUGGAGGGCUUAGUGCGUGUGAUACUUCUUUAAUUCGCAGCUCAAAUAAUGGCCUGGCAACACAUUCAAGUUUGUUACAUGGGCGGAGUCAGCUUGAUCUUCUUAAGGCAUCUGGUAGUGUGGCAAGCUUAGUUAAAUCAGGCUACGAAGAUAUAGUGCAGCAGCAGCUGAACUUUGGUGGAAAUUUGAGAGAGACUCCUAGCUCUAUGGUUAAAGAUAGUCUUUGGGCUUGUGAUACUUCAAUUCAGAGAGCAGCAUUUCAGAAAUACUAUGCUCUGGAUGGAAAUGGGUUUGAUUCAAUGUUUGAUGUUGCCUGCCAUCUUGGCUUGGUGUCAAAGUACCAUUCGGUGGAAUCUCAGGGUAGAAGAGAUGGCUUUGCGUUGAUGCAGAAAGGAUUGCAUUUAAACCAAAAAAGAAAGGACUCCUUAAUGUUUUCACAAGUCAAGAACUUAAAAGAAUCUCAAGAAAAUUUGAAAAGCAGUUUUGUUGCCGAGUACUCUUUAGGUAUUGAGGCUGCAGAAAGUCAGGCCUGCAAGUUGAAGAGUAAUUUGAGUGUCACACAAGCUAACACAAAGGAAAAUGGUGCGGAUGAUUCUUUGCAAGCUAAAGUUGGACUUCCAGUUCAGUUUGAAGACUUCUGUAUUUUAGCUGUGGGUGAGGUUGAUCCACGACCCUCCUAUCAUAGUAAUAGCCAGAUCUGGCCUGUUGGUUACAGGUCGAGUUGGCAUGAUAAGAUUACUGGGUCUCUUUUUGUAUGUGAUGUCUCUGAUGGUGGAGAUUUUGGUCCACUUUUUAAAGUUAAACGAUAUCCUUGCUCCACUCAGCCUAUCCCUGUCGGGUCAACAGUCCUCUUGAGGCCAAGUUAUGACCAACAAGAUGGUAAAGGCCAAGUAGAAACUGAUGAUCCAGUCGGUAUGCUUGAUGAUGAUUAUACAAAUAUUCAGUUGAUAUUCUCUAAUGAUAGCCCCCCACAUUUGGAAUAUGAUGCUUUAUCAGAUUCCGGAAAGAAUAAUGAUGAAGCUUGUAAUUCUCAACCAAUGAAUAAUUCUGAAACUAAGUCAAACUGCCUUUCACAAAGUCCUGGAAGACCUACAACCAAUUAUAUUGAGCUGGUGGAUGACAUUGGAGAAUUUUUAGUAGAAGGGAGAUCGUCUUCUUCGGUAUGGAGAAUGGUGUCUCAAACUUUAGCACAUGCUUGCCGCAAGGUAUAUGGGCAAACUGGUGUCUGUAGAUUUUGUUGCAAGCAUGAUGUACUUAGAAUGUGGUCAUCGUGCUUUGCCUCACUAAGUGAGGAAUCAGCAGAAUCUCUUGAUUCAUUGGCCAAAUUUUGUUGUUUGUCUGGUCCUAUCAACAUCCCGCAUAGCAUCAGAAGCAAUGAUGAGCUUGAUACUUCUUGCAGAGCACUGAUAAAGUGGUUAGACCAGGACAGAUUUGGACUAGAUGCUGAUUUUGUGCAAGAAAUUAUAGAACAGCUUCCUCAGGUGCAUGUUUGUGCAGAAUAUAUAUUCCUGAAUAAAAGAAGGGACAGAUUGACAUCACAAACCGUUGGAAGUGGGUUUCUUCAGGCUAAAAGGAAGAGCGAUAUACAUGACAAAGAAGCAGAUGGUAAUUUGUUCAGAUGUUCUAAAAGACCAAGGGAGCAGAUAUGUAGGAAUCCUGGGAUGAAGUCUUGUUUUCCUCCUGGAAAGCCAUUAAGCUCAAAGCUUCCAACAGAAUUAAUAGGUGAUGUUCUUCAGUCUUGGGAGUUGCUGUGGCGUUUCUCUGAAGUUUUGGGACUGGAAGAACCUUUAUCAUUUAAGGAACUUGAAGAAGAAUUAAUAAAUGGUUAUUCCUUCACUCUUGGGAGUUCUUCAACUUCAAAUGUGCCACAGCAAAACGAUCAUGCAUUUAUUGCAAAAGAAACAGAGUAUUUGAAGCAGGCAGAACAUGUCAGACAGGCAUCUAAUACCAACAGUGGAUGCGCGGGUGUAGCUUUGGCAAAUGUUCUCUGCUCUCUGCUGAAAAUUUUACUUGGUGAACUUCAGUCCAAGGUUGCCACUUUUGUAGAUUCUAAUCUUGACGGUGGUGAAUCUAAGUCAAGAAGGAGAAGAAAGAAAGAUGCAGACAACUUGAUGUCUGCUAAGAAAAUAAUGCUUGAUUUGCUCCCAAUAAACAGACUUACUUGGCCAGAAUUAGCUCGGAGAUAUGCUUUAACUGUUUCAUCCAUGGAAGGCAACCUUGAUUCUGUGGAUUUUGUGAACCGUGAGAGUUGCAAAGCAUUUCAUUGUUUACAAGGUGAUAGUGGAACAAUUCAUGGUUCUCUUCCUGGGGUGGCAGGGAUGGAAGCAGAAGCACUGCUGCUUGCAGAGGCUACAAAGCAAAUCUUUGGUUCAUUGAAAAAUACAACUGAUAUUUCAAGUGUGGAUUUCUUUGACUUCGAUGCACUUAGUUCACGUGAAAAUAUUAAGGUGAAUGAUGCUGGAAUUCCUGAGUGGGCACGAGUUCUUGAACCUGUAAGAAAGCUGCCCACUAAUGUGGGAGCUAGGAUCAGAAAGUGUGUCUAUGAUGCUUUAGAUAAAGGUCCACCAGAAUGGGCAAGAAAAAGAUUGGAGCACUCUAUCAGUAAGGAAGUUUACAAGGGAAAUGCUUCAGGCCCUACCAAG